CCCCGUGUCUGUGCCGCCCCGGGGCUAGGUGCAGGCCCGGUGGGGUUUGGUGCCUACCCUCCCUCCCUCCUUCUCUGGCGCCAUGGCCAUGAGGGAGCUGGUGGAACCGGAGUGCGGGGGCUCCAACCCCCUCAUGAAGCUGGCCGGCCACUUCACCCAGGACAAAGCCUUGCGGCAGGAAGGACUUCAGUGCCCGCUGACCUGGCCCCCUGGGGCGUCCGGAGCUGCAGCCGUAUCCAAACCACUGGGAGUGGCCACCGAAGAUGAGCUGGUUGGAGAGUUCCUGCAAGAGCAGAAUGCCCCUUUACUGUCCCGUGCACCCCAGACCUUUAAAAUGGAUGACCUGUUGGCUGAGAUGCAAGAGAUUGAGCAGUCAAGUUUCCGGCAGGCCCCUCAGCGAGCUCCAGGUGUGGCAGCCCUGGCACUGUCUGAAAACUGGACCCAGGAAUUCUUGGCUGCAGCAGAUAGUGCUGGUGAUGUCCUUUCAGAUUACAAUGAGGCUGACUGGUCACAGGAGUUCAUUGCUGAAGUGACAGAUCCGCUGUCUGUGUCUCCUGCCAAGUGGGCAGAAGAAUACCUAGAGCAGUCGGAGGAGAAAUUGUGGCUUGGGGAAUCGGAAGACCAGUCUUUGGUGGAUAAAUGGUAUGAGGAAUAUCAACCUGAGGAUGAUCUUAAGAAAACUGUUGGUGAUUUCCUCUCUAAAGUGGAUGAUCCAAAACUCAAGAAUUCUGAGUUCCUAAAGUUUGUCCGCCAGAUUGGAGAUGGGAGGGUAUCGAUUGAAGCUAAUCAUGUGACCCACAGAGACCAAGAUCAGGCAGAGCAAUGGGCAGCUGAGUUUAUACAGCAGCAGGGGACAUCUGAUGCCUGGGUGGAUCAAUUUGCACGAUCUGGGAACAUGUCAGCUCUUGAUACGGAAUUUGAGCAGGCAAAGACUGCUGUGGAGUCAGAUGUGGACUUCUGGGACAAACUCCAGGCAGAAUGGGAGGAGAUGGCAAAGAGAGAUGCGGAGGCUCACCCUUGGCUCUCUGAUUAUGAAGACCUCAGCUCCUCAUCAUAUGACAAGGGUUACCAGUUUGAGGAAGAUAAUCCCAUGAGAGAUCACCCGGAUGCUUUUGAAGAGGGGCGGAAGCGCUUGGAGGAAGGUGACCUUCCCAAUGCUGUCUUGCUCUUCGAGGCUGCAGUGCAACAGAAGCCAGAUCAUAUGGAGGCCUGGCAGUACCUGGGAACCACCCAAGCAGAGAAUGAACAGGAGCUUUUGGCAAUCAGUGCCCUCAGACAGUGCUUGGAACUGCAGCCUGGGAACCUCACGGCACUUAUGGCUUUAGCGGUCAGCUUCACCAAUGAGUCCUUGCAGAAGCAGGCAUGUGAGACCCUGCGGGAUUGGCUACGCCAUAAACCAGACUAUGCCCACUUGCUGGAGAAGGAACCGGAGGAGAGCGUCUCAGGGACAAACCUGGGGCCUUCCAAACGUGUCCUAGGUUCCCUGCUGUCUGACUCGCUGUUCAUGGAGGUGAAAGAGCUGUUCUUAUCAGCUGUACGCAGCAACCCCUCAACUGUGGAUCCUGAUGUUCAGUGUGGCCUGGGUGUCCUUUUCAACCUUAGUGGCGAGUAUGAGAAGGCUGUGGAUUGCUUCAGUGCUGCGCUCAGUGUGCGCCCAAAUGACCAUCUUCUGUGGAACAAGCUUGGUGCCACCCUGGCCAAUGGGAAUCGAAGUGAGGAAGCUGUGGCUGCAUAUCGUAGGGCACUGGAGCUCCAGCCAGGAUACAUCCGCUCUCGCUACAACUUGGGCAUCAGUUGCAUCAACUUAGGCGCCCAUCGUGAAGCUGUGGAGCACUUCUUAGAGGCUUUGCACAUGCAGCAGAAGAGCCGAGGUCCACGGGGGCAGCAAGGCGCUAUGUCUGACAACAUCUGGAGCACCCUCCGCAUGGCCCUCUCCAUGCUGGGGCAGAGUGACCUGUAUGGGGCAGCUGAUGCUCAUGAUCUUCCCACACUGCUUCAGGCAUUUGGCCUCCAGCAGUGACUCUGGGAUGGGCUCCCCUGCAGGUGCAGGGCUGGCCCAGCCCAGCAGUGACCUUCCUUAGAGAGAAAAUGUUCGCUAGGGUUCACGCCCGUCUUUGCUCUGGUA